GUUCAACAAGAAAAUUAUCUAGCAAAAAAAAAAAAGGUAUUGAAGAAGAGAGGAAGCAAGACAGUGAAAGAAAAUGGUGUUGAGUGCGACGGCGAUCGGAGCAUUAUUGGGGCUGGGCACCCAAAUGUACUCUAAUGCCCUCCGCAAACUGCCCUACAUGCGCCAUCCAUGGGAGCACGUUAUCGGAAUGGGAUUAGGAUCAAUUUUUGUUAAUCAGCUAGUCAAAUGGGAUGCUCAGCUCCAAGUAGACCUCGAUAAGAUGCUCGAUAAAGCCAAAGCCGCUAACGAACGCCGCUACUUCGAUUUAAAGUUCAAUUUGUUUUUUCGGCAGAUGAAGAUGACAAUUAGCGCUACUGGUGGAUAGAGCAUCUUCCUUACAAGACGAUCUUGUUUUCCAAAAUGUUUGGGCUCUGAUUAGUUUUUACUAUGAGCUGGACGCAUUUCAUGUGUUAUUUUAUUUUUGUUUUCCAAUUCUCUGCUUGUAAGAUAGAUAGAACUUUUGUAACUUUUACAUUAUGGGGGGAGUUGCACAUUUCACAAUAAUUUGAAAUUGAAUGUUUUCUCUGCUGAAA